AUGACUAAGGAAAAUACAGAAAAGUCUUUGGAAAAAAUUAAAGCUGCAACUCACUGGAAAAUGCGAUAUGCUAAUAGUAGUGACAAUUGUUGGAAAACUUCAACUGGUCAACAAGUGAAAACAUCAAUGACAGAGAUCCAUCCCUCUGCAGGACUACUAUCUGCUAGCGGCAUCAUCAGCAGCAUGAGCAAGUUGACCAAGACUCACGUAAAUCAAAGCGAUAAACAUUACUUCAGAAGAAGCAGAUCUGAAGUAGGCAUAAAACAGUGUCGAAAUGAAAAGAUCAAUUCAGUAGUAAGCACUGGGAAGAAGCAGUCACCCAUGACAAUCAAAUCACCCCAGUUAUUACAGAAAACCAGAAAAUUACCACUGAAUUCCACUAGCCGAAUGAACACAAUUAACAAACAAAUACUGACAGGGAAUCGAAGCAGACGGCAUAAAAGUGCUUCGUUAUUAAAUAGAAAGCAGCCAAUUUUAAUUAUUGUGCUAAAUGAAUCCAGAAGAGGUGACUAUCCAGAAAAGAAAUAUCAUACUUUCACGAGAAACUGUGUGGCUACUUCAGUGAAUGUUGAAAAAGAGAACAUGGAUGUUAUCCGGGGAUGUGAAGAAAAGCCUCAAUACAGUAGUAAAACAGUGGUUAUCGUCAAUGAGAAAAAAAUAUCCCUCUGCAAACCAGAUCUACUAAAGCGACAGUUGAUUCAACAAAGUACUCCGGAAAAUAUUCUUCUUUCGUCAUCACAAUCCCAUAAUAAUAAUAUUGGAGAUGAUUUUUUCAAGUUGAUAUUAAUUGCGAAUUUAAUACAAUAUACAAUACUUCACUCCUGUCAGACUGAAAUCAGUUCAGACAUUCUCAGUGAAAACAUGAUUGGUGAAGAUUUGUGCAGUGUAAUGGAACUGCAUAAUUUAUCAGUACAUCAACCACAGUAUCACGAAUUAAUGUUUGAAGAAAGUUCAGCAGUGUAUAUCGCUCAAGUCUCAGCUGGCAAUAGCUGGAUUGAAGACAGGCAAAUAUCACUGCAAAGCUGCACUGAUGAACAACACAAUGAGCCUACUGCUGCUGCUGUUCCGACUAAUACAGUAAUUUACAUCACGUUAAUCGACCGAAAAGAAUUAAAGAACAGACUGAGUAUACUUCAACAGGUAGAAGAACAGUACAAAGGUGAACAGGUCACACAGACAAUUAGCAGUGAUAAUGUUAACAUUGAUGACUUAAUUGUGACGCCACUGUCACAGACUUGCAGUAAAAAACAUCAAGAAGUGAACAUCACUGAAAAGAUAUCUGAACAACCAGCGACUGUGGAAUCCAGUGGAAUAUCCAACUUGGAAUUAUUAAAAUCACAUUAUGAAAAAGGUAAUUUUGUAGGAAGUCAAUUCAGCCCUGACGUACCACAGCGACCUCUUGUUGCUGCUAAAGAUCAUUCGCAAAUCAAUAACAUCUCUGAUCAUCAUCAUUAUCAUCAGUCAGUAGAAGUUCGGCGGUUCAAUCGUAAGACUGACACCGCCAGUGGAUUCAGCAAUUGGUUAGUCAAGUUUAUAAAUUCGGGGUGUAUUAUAAGGCGUAAAAAACAAAAACCAUUUCCCCGAAAAUCUGUAAGUGAUGAGUCCAUCUUACCGCCCGUUUCACAGAAUAUCAAUGCUGUAUUGUCACUGAAAGAUGUUUCAUAUUUGUUGAGUUUACUGUCUAACACAGAUGAACAUAAGUAUUUACUCAAUACACCCGAGAUAAAAUCAGUGCUCUUAAAUGUACAGCACCUAAAAAAAUUAAAACAUGAAGGCAUAGAUCUUAAAAGAAUUUCAAAGGAUGAAAGCCAGGAUUUUACAAACAAACUGUUACAUAGUAUUAAAACACAAAUACGCUUUAGCGACGAAGACGCUAUCCAUGAAGACAACCAGGGACAAGAAGACUGUACAAAUAUCAGUGAAAUAGGAAAUAGGAAAUCAAAUUCACUGAGCAGGGGAUCACCUGUAAUGCACGAUGCAAUAAAAACCCUGAGUGAAUAUAAGCCUUCUUCAAAUGAUAAACGUCAAGUGGCAGCUGAAUUGAAAGAACACUGCAAACAACAGGCCAAUGAAUUAUGCGACGCGCGUGAUAGGCAUCUGAGGACUGUAGAUUUCGCAUCAGAAUCACCAUCAUCAGUUUCAGCAGUUGUACACCAUCAGAAACAAGAGACACCAUCAGCGCUUACCGACAAGACGGACCAGCCAAUAAUGCGACAUAAAUAUAAAUACUUAAAACAAAUAAAGCAAAAACAAUUAAAAAAGAAGGCCUCAACUAACAUUACCAAUUUAUUGUUGAAAUUAAUCGACAGAAAGCGCCAAAAUAUUGUUCAUAAUAACGACAGUCAAUGCGAACAAAGAGAGAGAAUUGUUGUUAGAAGUUUACCAACAGACGGGACAUUGCAUCCCAAAGAAAAGGAUAAUAAUAAGACUUCAUCAUCAACAGGAUACGCUGGAAACAGAAAAUCUGGAUUUCUUGUCAAGCAGAAACCAACAGUUGACGUUGAAUCGGAAGAAGAUAAUGUAAUCCGUGAAUAUCAUCUACGAGACAGUACCAUCUUUCCAAGAAGUAGAAGUGAAACAACUGUGGGAAAUAAACCAGACCAGGUAGAAGAAGUCCAGGCUAUAGCUAUAAUUUCUGUCGACAAUACACUUUUAGAGACUGCACUUGAAACACUCUACAUAUCUACAUUUGAAACACCUUCGACUCAGGAAUGGGAUCAUCAAACAUCAGGAAUGUUUAUUGUUAUAAGUGAUAGGCACAAAGUAGAAAUACAAGCCAUAAAACGCCAUGAUCACUAUAUUCAUGAACCGGAUACAAUGAAAUUCGUAGACACAAGUAACAGACAAAUUAUCCUGCAAUUACAACCUGUACAACAAGAUAUAAACAAUUUGCAAAUAUUAGAAAGAAUGCAAGAUUCAAUUCAAUGGAUGUUGGCAGGCGAAGAACAACCACCUGAACAAAAUUAUUUAAUGUGUACAAUAAGCUUACGUUUAUUUAGUAAACUGGAAACAGGUGGACAUGAACAGCUGCUACAAAUCGAAGAUGAAUUAUCCAGCACACUAUCAGAGUCUAUCAUAAAACACCAGGUGAACUCGCUGCAUAGUUUUGCAGUAUAUAGGCCUUCAUAUAGAUGUUGUCCAGCUUAUAGUAGGAUACCGUUUAGUGAACCGCCAGGAUUAUAUCACUGCAGAGAAGAUACAAACACCCACGAGGAUGAAGCUGAUGAUGCUACCUGUCUAACGGGCAGUUUAGUCUCUUUCCUUGGAACAGCAUCUUCGGAUAAAAUCCUCGAUGGAGACAAUAGUAAUAAAGACGAUCGAAUACAGUAUGUAAGACAUUAUAAUAGUAUGACAGAGGCAUCUAUUUUUAACGAUAAUGAUGAAAGUGAUGAUUCAUUCUGUCUACGCCAUCACAGCUCCAGUGACCAACAACUAAGACUGACAAAAAUUAAUCCAGUGCUUGCAAAACCAGUAAACAACAACUUAAAAGCUAAGAAAAUGCAAUUCUACUUUCCAAUAUUACUGCAAAGAGAAACUGGAUGCUUAUUUCAGAGUGUUGAACUGUCUAAAACAGACUCGAAUGAAACACCGACAGCAACAAUGACGGUGAUCACUAUGCCCAUAGCUGAAAUGAACAGUGUGUCGUCUUGUAAAUACAUACAAUAUUGA